AUGGGUGGAGGUGAUGGCUAUCGAGCUGUUUCGUACUUCGUGAACUGGGCUAUCUAUGGGAGGAAAUUCAGGCCGCAGGACUUGCCAGCUGACAAGUUGACGCAUGUUCUAUAUGCCUUUGCCAAUGUCCGGCCUGAGAGUGGAGAGGUAUACCUCACAGAUGUUUGGGCAGACAAAGACAUCCAUUUCGACGGCGACUCAUGGAACGACGUCGGGGACAACCUCUACGGCUGCCUCAAGCAACUCAACCUCCUCAAGCAGCAAAACCGCUCACUAAAAGUCCUUCUCAGCAUAGGCGGUUGGACGUUUUCCUCCAACUUCGCCGCCCCAGCAUCCACUCACGCCGGCCGUUCCCAAUUUGCCUCCUCCGCUGUGUCCCUAAUAAAAGACUGCGGCUUCGAUGGCCUAGACCUUGACUGGGAAUAUCCCAAAUCCCAAUCCGAGGCCGCCCACUUCGUCCUCCUGCUGCAAGCUUGCAGAGAAGCAAUGGACGCCUACUCCUCUACCCUCCCUAAGCCACACCACUUUGAACUCACAGUCGCCUGUCCCGCCGGGCCGCAAAACUACACGAUCAUGGAUAUCGCCGGUAUGGAUAAGUAUCUGGACUUCUGGAAUCUAAUGGCAUAUGAUUAUUCUGGUUCCUGGGACCAGAUUACGGGUCAUCAAGCGAAUUUAAAGGCUUCAAGGGGAAAUAGUGUAGCUACGCCGUUUAAUACCGAGGAAGCGGUUGAGCAUUAUCGAAAACAGGGUGUAGUGGUUUCGAAGAUUGUGCUGGGUAUGCCAUUGUACGGGCGAGCGUUUGAGAAUACGGAUGGGUUGGGGAUGCCAUUUAGCGGGGUUGGGCAGGGUAGUUGGGAGAACGGUGUGUUUGAUUAUAAGGCGUUGCCAUUGAAGGGGGCAGAGGAGAGGUAUGAUGAGGAGGCCAGAGCGACGUAUAGUUAUGAUGGGGCGAGAAAGCACUUGGUUACGUAUGAUACGCCACGGAUGGCGAGGGAGAAGGCGGAGUGGAUUAAGAGGCAUGGGCUUGGAGGUGUGAUGUGGUGGGAGAGUAGUGCGGAUAAGGCGGGGGAGCAGAGCUUGGUUGGGAAUGUGGUGGGUGUUUUGGGGUCGUUGCAACGCACGAAGAAUUGUGUAGAGUAUCCGCAGUCGAAAUUCGAGAAUGUGAGGAAUGGGUUUAACGGUUAG